AACUCCAGGCUGGCCUGACGCCAGAGAGGGCUCAGCGAACAGGAUAAAAUUACAAUUUAGAUUUACGGGAAGUUGCAGUAAAAUUCAGGUUUGGUGGCUUUUGGGGCAGGGCACUGACUUCAGUCAAGCACUUGCUUGUGUGAGGAGAAAAGAGACCAGGAGGAAGAAGGAGACAAAACAAGUUGCGAGUUGAAAGUCACAAUCUUAGUUUGGGCUACAAUAAGCUGGCAGCUUGUGCUGAACAGCCACAAGUGGUCUGCAAACCAGCUCGGAGAGAAUAAUGCCUCACACUUCUUAAGACCUGCUAGGAAUUUGUUCUCGCAGUAUAGCUUUUGAGCUGUUAUUUAGCCCUAUGGAAUGUGCAGCUUAGGUCAGUAAGAGUCAGGUAUUUUAGAUUAACAAGGUCUAAUUGUAAGACUCCCAAACUUCAUUACACUUUCCAAGGGCUGAAAGUGUUGGGGCAGAGAGAAAACAACUCACGGUCAAGUGAAGCCACAGAAGUUUUGCUGCAGUAAAUAGCAUUGGAGGGAGUUUCUGGGCACUCCUUACUGUAUUAACCUUGAUCAUAAAAGAAGAUGUGGGUUGUGUGCUGCCAAAACAUUUUCGUGUCUUAGGAAAGUGCUGAUGAAGAGAAGGAUCACCGGUAUCUAAUGUCUGAAGUCUUCGAGAGGUCUGAGCACAAUUUGAAUGGUUUUGACAGAAUGACAGCAGAAGACUCCACUACCAUGAUGAGCACAGAUUCCUGCAACAUGUCCUCAACUAAAGUUCCCGAAGGCGUCGCUGGCGCCCCCAACGAGUCCACUCUGCUUGCACUCAUGGAGAGAACGGGCUACAUGAUGGUCCAGGAGAACGGGCAGCGUAAAUACGGUGGCCCCCCUCCUGGCUGGGAGGGACAUCCUCCGCCCCGCGGUUGCGAAGUCUUUGUCGGCAAAAUCCCUCGGGACGUUUACGAGGACGAGCUGGUUCCAGUGUUCGAGUCUGUGGGUCGCAUCUACGAGAUGCGCCUGAUGAUGGACUUUGACGGCAAGAACCGGGGUUACGCUUUUGUCAUGUUCACAGCCAAACACGAGGCAAAGCGCGCUGUCCGGGAGCUCAACAACUACGAGAUCCGCCCGGGGAGGCUGCUGGGGGUCUGCAGCAGCGUGGACAACUGCAGACUUUUCAUCGGGGGCAUCCCGAAGAUGAAGAAGAGGGAGGAGAUUUUGGAAGAGAUCUCCAAAGUCACGGAAGGCGUCCUGGAUGUGAUCGUCUAUGCCAGUGCGGCCGACAAGAUGAAGAACCGAGGUUUCGCCUUCGUGGAGUAUGAAAGUCAUCGAGCAGCUGCCAUGGCCAGGAGGAAGCUGAUGCCUGGACGCAUCCAACUGUGGGGCCACCAGAUUGCGGUGGACUGGGCCGAGCCCGAGAUUGACGUAGACGAAGAUGUCAUGGAGACGGUCAAGAUCCUGUACGUCCGGAACCUGAUGAUCGAAACCACCGAGGACACCAUCAAGAAGGUCUUCAGCCAGUUCAACCUGGGCUGCGUGGAGAGAGUAAAAAAAAUCAGAGAUUACGCUUUUGUUCAUUUCGCUAGCAGGGAUGACGCAGUUCUGGCCAUGCAGAAAUUAAAUGGUGCCGACCUGGAGGGCUCCUACAUUGAGGUGACCCUGGCCAAGCCUGUGGACAAAGAGCAGUACAGCCGCUACCAGAAAGCAGCUAAAGGAGCAGUAACAGAAACUCCUCAAGCGAACAUUAUUUACUCUUGCGACCCCUACACACUAGCCUAUUAUGGGUACCCCUACAAUCCACUGAUUGGUCCCAACAGAGAAUAUUUUGCCAAAGCAGGCACUGUGCGUGGCCGAGGUAGAGGGGCAGCUGGGAACAGAGCCGCAGGACCUCGGGGAUCGUACCUGGGCGGAUAUUCUGCAGGCAGAGGUAUUUACAGCAGAUAUCAUGAAGGGAAGGCCAAGCAACAGGACAAAGCGUAUGAACUGAUACCCAGCUUAGAUCUGGCUACUGUCAGUCCAGUUGCUAUGAAACCUGGUGCAGUGGCCAUCCCUUCCAUUGGAACCCAGUAUCAAGUAUUCCAGACAGCCCCAGGCACAAAGUUAAUGGAAGAAAAUAAAAUGCAUACAAUGGAGCAUGUUCUUAAUCCAAUCACUGUGCAGACAGAUCAUAAUGGAGCAGCUGUCAUUCCAUCAGUUUCCACCCCACCACCUUUCCAGACCCGUCCCUUAACUCCAGUGUACGCAAUGGCCUCCAAUAUCCAACGGAUUCCUACAGCCGGGUUCUACGGUGCAAGUUACGUCCCAAUCGCAGCUCCUGCUAAUGCUGCCGCCAUGGCGACCUUGCAGAAGAACGCAGCUACUGCUGCAGCUGUGGCAGCCUACGGAGGGUACCCUGGCUACAUACCGCAAGCAUUCCCCGCAGCGACCUUUCAAGUCCCUCUACACGAUUUCUACCAAACUUACUAGGAACUUUCAAUCCUCCAGGACUUUACAACAGUGAAGGAACACAUUGGUAUUUAUGAAGAAAAAAAAGCCAACAUAGUUUGAUACAAAAGAAUCUUUUGUAGGACUCAACAAACUUCUCAUCAAAAACUAUGUGUGAAAGAGAGACAAAUAUUUUCAAUUGCUAUUUGUUAGGGAACUUUUAAAAAAACGUGUUUUAAGAAAUGCGAAGGUUAAAAACCUUUUACUAGAAACAAUUCUAUGCAUAUUUUGUUAUAGAGAUAUUUUUUUUUAAAAAUGCCUUACAUUUAGUAGAUAUUAAAAUCUUCCGUCCAUAAGGUUUAAAUGUUUUGAAUGUGGACAUCUAGAAACUUGAAAAAAAAGUUAGUACUUAUAGGUGUGGAUUUGAAGUGCUCCUAGUGUGAAGGUUUUAUGUGACUUGUUCACUCCAAUUAUCUAUCCUAUGCAGUGCCUUCAAAGAAAAUUCAUCCUCAACUAGAAUGCAUACCUUAAGUGGAUUACCAUAGCGAAAUAAAUGUAAAUACUAUUUGGAUAUAGUACAUAUAUAAGCAAAGAUAGACCUGUAGCUUUUUAACUGGUAGCUGAAACCAAGUGUGACACUGCUACCAGAUGUGCUGUAUGAGCUACGGUUUGGUGAACAACACCAUUGUUUUUUGUUAAUAUCUGGUUUGGUACAGGCCAUUGGCUACAAUACUAAAGUAUUGGGCCCUUGGCUAUGAGACCAAAUCUUGAGUCCCAUUUUCAACUCAGUUUUAUAGUUUGGCUUAAGGCAUAUUUCACCAGUCUCAGGUGGGAUGCCUUAUAUGGGGUUAACCUUGGCAGAGUUUGUAGAAUUAUUCCCCGAACUAAUUGAAGAAGACAGAUGCAUGUGGUAGAGGUGGGAGGGAAGGGGGUGUGCGUGGGUGGGGGGAAAU